UGCGCGCUGCACUUUACGAACGUGUCGUGCGCGUCGCCUCUCCUCAUGCCCGCCGCCCGCCGCGGGGCCGCUAUUAUUUUCAUCAGCCCUCAUCAGUGUGGAGUGAGUGUUCUAUGAGCGUGGUGUUCCGACAUCGGCACCCGGAGUUUUUCACAAUUGAGUCUCCAAGUCCUUUAUUUUCGGGACCACGGAGUCCGCGGUUCCAACAUAGAGAAGAACAAAACUCGGCGUGGAGGAGCCACGCGCGCCUAGUGUGCACGUAUACAGUAACGAGACAGCAAGUGAGUGUGUGUGCGUGAACAGCGCGCCAGGCAAACCCGACUCGUGUCGCUAUCUCGCUGCGUUCGCGCGAAGCUUCGUGCCUCGAAGUGCCACGACGACAGAUUCGCGCGUCUAUCUUUACAUCUUCCAUACUCUACUUUGCCGCAUAUACGCGAAUUUUACAAGAUUCGCAUCUAAACGCCCUCGAAUUUCUUCGCGAGACUCGAAAAUUUUGUGCGUGUAUAAUUGCACGCACGCACCCGAAAAGAGAAGUACGUAAUACGUAUCGUUCGAACGAUACGCACUUUGCUGACUCGCCGUGACCGGGUCAGUUCGCUUGCGAAGACGGUAUUUCUGACUGCAGACCGCGACGCAAAGCCUACGGCGCAGCGAUCGUGCAAAAGGCAAUAAUGAAAUAAAAGGAGGAGGGCUCUUCCGUGUGUGUGUGUGUGUAAUGCGUUUGCGUUGUGUGCCCGCGAGCAGCGAAUGAGGAGAGAGAAAAGCAAACGCGUAUACGUGUGCGUAUGUACACAGUACAGCCGUAGAGUGGGCUAGAAGCAGCAGUACCAAAAGUGCACCUCUACUGGAGACAUAUACAUAUAUACAAAGCACACACACGCGCGCAGACCAGUGCGCAUACAGUAACAAGAGAGGUAGUAGUGUGCGCAAUCCGUGGUGGAUUGAUGGGAUAGCAGCGCAGCGAAGUCUGUGGCACUGGGAGCACACAACCAAGUUAGCCAGCAGCAGCAGCGGCGGCAACAAUUCUCGUCGCGCAGCAGCAGCACUGAGGCGCACAGAACAUAGAGGCAAAGUAGCAGGCAACACACCACGACUAUUCGCUCGGCUCUCCACGGAGUCAGCACAGCAGUCGGGCAUCGCAGCAGCAGCAGCAGCAGCAGCCGCCAUUUUGCGCCCUGUCUCGCCACUACUACACACCGCAGCAGCGAACGAGAGAGAGCGACGAGCCAGCGCGCAGCUCUCCUCGAUAUACGACGACGACGACGACGACUUAUACGGCUAUUAUUAUCGAGAGAAGCGACGACGGCCAGAGUCUAACACGACGCGCAUCGCCACAGAUGACUAGAGAAUGAGCUCGUCUCGUCCGCGACAAGAACGCAGUUGAUAAGCUAGCCAUAACCUUCAGACGCCAGGCCACACACUCCACUCGCUGGGAAAACAACAUUGGGAAAAUAUAGGAGAGUUAACGCCAGUCUCUCUCAGUUGUGUCUCGUUGCUUGUGUGCGGUCUCUCAUCGUCUCUCUCUUUCUCUCUACGACCCAUCUCACCGUCGUUCCGUCUCACUCGCUCUCGUGCGUGCGUGCCUCUGCCACUGUACGUACUCGUCGUUCUAUCUCUCUCUCUUUCUCCCGCUGUUGAUGUGCGUGCGUUGUAAAUAUAUAGAGAAGAAGUGUGUACGUCGACGAACGCGCGUGUGCAUAUUCGCUUGGGUUCUCUCUCGGCACUGCAACAUUCCCGCAUAACCCCGGACAAGUGUUAUGUGUGUACAUAAAUUCUCUGUUGUUUCCCCGUAAUCAAAAAAAGUGUAUACGUGUGCGCGUGUGUCCCCAAAAACGUGUAUGUGUCAGUGCAGAACGCAACAACGGCCCACGACAGUCGGAGCACAGUAACAACCCCCCCAGAGCAGCAACAGCAGCAGCGAACCCGAGGACGGCACAUAGGAAGAGAAUCGCUCUCCGUGUGACCAUCAUCGUCCCGAGUCAGCAGCAGCCAAGCCUGCCGCUUUAUGUACUACUACUCUAGCUAGCAGCGCGCGCGCUUCGCUACGCCCGCACACAAUAAUAUUACAACGUAACCCACACACAAAGUCUCUCGCGAAACGGGUGGACUUUCUAGCCGUGCACGACGUGUCUCGUACCCACCCGCACGUCAACAGAGCAGCGUGAUCAAGAGGGUGACGAUACACAGAGUGUGACUCGAUCAUCGGCGAAUUGCGCCGCAAAUCAGCAGCAGCAACACAGCACACCGGAGACUCUCCUAGCGCGCUUGUGUUUUUGUUGCUCGUGAGAAUAUCAUGUAUUUCUUUAGCGUGCUAGCCAAUCAAGCUAACUUCUGAACGAAUCCUGCCACCUCUGCACGUUCACCCUGCAGUUCCUUGUACACUGUGGCUUGACGUUUCCUACAAGAUUACGCUCUAGACUGGAGGCGAGGGAGCGUUUAAACAGUUGCAAUGCCACUCAAUUGAUAUCGUUUGGACCCACCUGUGUUCAGACACCAGCAGGAGCAGAAUCGUUUUAUUCUACCCAAAGAUGGAGAGACAACAACAUGCGUAUGAAUCUUGUGUUGACAAAAUCUACGAACAUGUGCUGCGAGCACAAUUUUAGUUUGGAUGCAGCUGAUUCUUAUCGAUGGAGAAGUCCAGAUUAAUUUUAUUAUCAAUAUGCGGAUUUUUCAUGUUCUGUGAAAGCAGUGUAUCAACAAAAAACAGAGACUUAACAAAGUGAUUGUUAUCAAGUGUACAUGUGAAGUGUGUUUUUCAAUAAAAAAUUUGGAUAUAAGUUUUUUAAAGUAACUCAAAAAUAAGAAAAAAUGGCUGAUCAUCUAGUGGAUGGGCCGCCUAAUAAGCGCCCAAAGCUCAACGAUCCUUUUCAAGGUUCAUCAGACUCUUCAAUGGGUAAUAUGACGCCGCACGUGCUGCAUCAGUAUUCAAAUUACACCGGCGAUCCAGUUGACAAUGGUAACUUGCAAAAGCAGCAGCAGCAGCAGCAACAGCAGCGCCAAAUGCACCAGCAGCAUCAGCAACAACGACAGCAUAUGUCAAUGAUGCAGUAUCAGCUGCAUCAACGCCAACAGCAGCAGCAGCAGCAGCAACAGCGCCAGCAACAGCAGCAACAAAUGCAAAUUCAGCAGCAACAACAGCAGCAGCAGCCACAGCCUCAAGCAAUCUGGAGCAGCAAUAGUUUUAGUAAUACUACGAAUACUCCAACGAUGUCUGGUCGAAAACGAAAUUUCAUGUCGAACACGGACAUGUUCGAUUUAGAAAAUGAUCUCCCCGACGAUUUGCUAUCGACAAGCUCAUGGGGUACCGCAACAGAGUCGGCAAAACCUCCAGCUACGGGGCCGGGUCCCGGACAGCAAAAUGGUGCUCUAGACUCGGAUCUACGACACGUUGCACAGCAGCAGCAACAACAGCAGCAACAACAGCAGCAACAACAGCAACAGCAGCAGCAACAGCAGCUGCCGCAUCAUCUGAUGCAACAAGCACAACAGGUCAGUUGUCCAAACCUGCGACAACGUUUAAAUUCUAACUUCAUGCAAGGGAACAAAGGUCUUGUCGCAAAUUCAUUAGUCAUGGCCGGUAAUCAACUAGGAAGCAAAUCGCCGAACUUGCAAUCGCCUCCGAAUGUUUCGGUUUCCAAGAAUUUGGGUGAUCCUCAGAUGGUAGUGUCUUUGGGCAAUUUGCCGAGCAGCAUAGCCAGCUCGCUGGCCAGCACGAUGGGCGCGGGAGCGGGCACGAGCGCGCCCGGCCUGCAAACGUCGAUGGCCAUGCAGCAUCAGCAGCAAGUCGUCAACACCGUGACGGGCAACACGCCACAGCCCUCGCCGCAGCAGCAGGCGCAAGCGGGCGGCAUGCCGGGCAUGAACCCCGCGGCCAUGAACGCCGGAUUAGUCAUGACCAGCAGCGCGGCUUCGAGCAGCCAAAACAGCAUGGGCAACAUGGCCGGUGGCAACCUGAUCGUGGCGAAUUCUCUGAACAAGCCACCGCUCAACUCGGUCAGCAUGAUGGGCAACGCCGGAAAUCCACAGCAGAGCAUGCACCACGCGAUGCAAAAUGGCCCCGCUGGCAUGCUUGGCUCGAGGGUGGCCCAGAUGCAGCAGCAGCAACAGCAGCAGCAGCAGCAACAACACAUGGUGGCCGGUGCCGCAAGAGGACAGAGUCCUCAUCCACAACAGGUGCAUCCGGUUGGAAUAGGGCCAGGUGGAGCGGGCCCGAGAAUGCAGGCACCAAACUUGGCCAACAUGACCGGUAUGGGCCAAAUGGCGGCCAACUCGAGUCCCUACGGCUACGGAUCGCCGGGUACGGGACCUCAAGCCACGGUCUCCGGAGCGCCCGCUGUGGCCGUUGUUCAACCCACGCAACGUCCGGUCAUGAACGUGAGCGCCGCCAACGUGGCCAUGCAGCAAGCCAAUCGCUUCGGAACGCCAGGCGCCAUGCCAGGACACUCCGGAGUAUCUCUGGCCGGCACGACCGCACCUGGUCCGGCUUCGACCGGUGGCGUGCCCAACGCCCAAGACGGUGGCAUGGCUCAACAGACACAACCCCCUGCUCCGAGUCCGGCACAGCCUCAGAGUGGCGCGCCCAGCGGAGGACAGCCCGGACCUCAGCAGGCCACCCAAGCUCAAGGACCAAUGGGAAUUGGCGGCAAUCAAAGAGGCCGAUCCGUUUCUGCCGAUCCGGAAAAACGGAAGCUGAUUCAACAGCAAUUGUUGCUCUUCCUUCACGCUCAUAACUGCCAGCGUAGAGAGAAUGCUGCCAAUGGAGAGCAGCAGUGGCAGCAGUGCACGUUGCCUCACUGUCAAACUAUGAAAACAGUGUUGAAGCACAUGUCCACCUGCCAAUCUGGAAAAAGUUGCAGUGUUCCACAUUGUAGCAGCAGUCGGCAGAUCAUAAGUCACUGGAAGAAUUGUCAACGGAUUGAUUGUCCAGUUUGUUUACCGCUCAAGCAAGCCGAAAAAAACUGGCAAGGACCAUCACCUGCCAAUAGCCAUCAAAGUCCAAACGCUUCCGAUAUGAGAAAAGCUUACGAUGCUCUCGGUAUACACGCACCUACUUCGCAGCAAUCUACCACCCCCCAACUCAUGAACUCGCAAAACGUUCGUGGUCCCUUGCGUAUGCCUGGGCCUGCUGGAAUGCAAGCUCAACCAGGUGCUUUAGGUAACGUGAGGCUGGCUCAGAGAGACGUAACUGGUGUAGCCGGUCAACAAGCGGUGGGCGCGGGACAAGUAGUCGCGCCUAAUGUUUCGCUUCCAUUGUCAUCGGAUCCGUCAGCGGUUAACGUUGCCGCAAAUCAAUCGGCCCCAGUAUCGGCUUCGAGUAACGUCGUAGUAGGUGCUGCGAACACUCCGCAAUCCGUUGCAGCUGCUUCUGCAGCGCAAAGUACCGCGAACAUACAGCAGCAGCUCUUUAAUCUCGGAGAAGGUCAGGCACCAUCAGGCUUAAUGAACGACUCUGGCAGACUGGGGAACGUACAGCUACCAGCUGGAUUGCAACCUGGACAGGUUACGGCAACUCCUGUACAAGGCACCAAGGAAUGGCAUCAAAGCGUCACACCUGAUCUCAGAAAUCAUCUUGUACAUAAACUGGUCCAAGCUAUAUUUCCUACUCCGGAUCCCCAAGCUAUGUUAGAUAGACGAAUGCACAAUUUAGUGGCAUACGCUCGGAAAGUAGAAGGUGACAUGUAUGAGAUGGCGAAUUCACGUUCAGAGUAUUAUCAUUUGCUAGCAGAAAAGAUAUACAAAAUUCAAAAAGAAUUAGAGGAAAAACGGCAAAAACGAAAAGAACAACAAGCUCAACAACAACUGCAAGCUCAGCAACAGCAACAACAACCAGUUUCAGCAACUGUACAAGCUGGAGCACCAAGUGCAGGUGCAAAUUUAAUACCACAUGGUCCAGGUAGUAUAGCUGGGGUUCCGCGACCACCACUAUCGGGAAUGCAAGCUGCUGCAUCGUUGAGAAAUCCAUCACCAAGCAUAAACCAGCAGCUUGGAUCAACAUUGGUUCCAGCUGGUAUGCAAAUGCCGCACAAUAGAAUGCAAUUUGGGCCACAAGCUCAACAAGUACAGACUCAACAGAUUCAGCAACAAAAUAUGAUGGUUGGCGCUCCUGGACCUAGUCCGAAUGGAUCAUCUACUAAUACUGUGACUGCAACGUCCAAUAUUACAUCUCAACCGGCUGGUUUUAGUCCAUUUGGACCAGGACAAAUAUCUCAAUCUGGCAUGCAAACGAUAACGACCACUGGAGCAGCUGUUACGACUAGUCAAUUUCCUACUUCAAAUGGUACUGCUGCUCUGCCUAAUAGUUCUCCGAUUCAUACUCAGAGUCAGUUUUCUGAUCUCAUGAAGGUGCGACUUGCUAAGGCUGCACAAGCAGUUCAACAACAAGGUCAACCAACUAGUGUGCCUGGUGCGAUGCCACAAGCUUUAUCACCUUUUGGUAUACAACAACAAGCUGGACAACAACAGCAGCAGCAACAGCAGCAACAACAACAACAGCAACAACAACAACAACAACAACAGCAGCAGCAACAACAACAGCAACAGCAGCAACAACAACAGCAGCAGCAGCAGCAACAACAACAACAGCAGCAACAACAACAGCAGCAACAGCAACAGCAGCAACAGCAACAGCAGCAGACAUUCCUGAAUAGACCCAUGCAAACUACGACUCCAAAUGACAAUGGAAUAUCUGUAUCUACUCCCCAAACGAUACCACCUCCAGCUUCAAGUGGACCGAGUCCAUUGCCCAAUGGACCACAGUCAACGCCUAGUACACCACUCGUUCGUUCAUUAAUGACACCAGAUCAGGUGGUUUCUGCCAAUCAAACUCCUCCUCAUCCUGGCACCACACCAUCUCCUGCUGGACUUGGUAAAGGCAUGAGUUCUCAAGAACGUGCAGCUCUUAAUGCACCUCGACAGUCGUCAAUGUCGUCACAAAUGGCUGCCAUAACUGCGGCUUUAGAUCGGGAUAAUUCUCCAAGCCCUACCAAUGGUGGAAAGAAUAGCAAUAGCAAAGGCAAAUUAGAAAUAAAAGAAGAAAUAAAGUCAGAAAUGGACCAAGAUGAGUCUAAUGCGAGUGCAACGGAAAGCAGUGGUGGUAAAAACACAAAUAAUGAUAUGAUUAAAACUGAAAUAAAACAAGAGCCAAUGGAUGAAAGUGGCGACAUGCCUGUUGGUGGAGUGAAAAAGGAGGAAAUCAAAGACGAAAUAAACAGUGAUGCAUCAAGUAGUGAUAUUAAACCAACCAUGCCAGAGCCCAUAGCUCCAGCAAGCACAGACAAGAAACCCGUCUGUUUAUUUAAACCAGAUGAGUUACGACAAGCUUUAAUGCCAACGUUGGAAAAACUAUUUCGUCAAGAUCCUGAAUCCUUACCUUUUAGACAACCAGUGGAUCCUCAAGCCCUUGGAAUCCCAGAUUAUUUUGAAAUAGUAAAAAAACCAAUGGAUCUCUCAACAAUUAAACGAAAACUUGACACGGGCCAGUAUAGUGAUCCAUGGCAAUAUGUUGAUGACGUUUGGAUGAUGUUUGACAAUGCUUGGCUGUACAAUCGUAAAACUUCAAGAGUUUAUAGGUCUAGCACUAAGUUAUCAGAAGUUUUUGAAAAAGAAAUAGAUCCUGUAAUGCAAGCUCUUGGCUACUGUUGCGGUCGAAAAUACACGUUUAAUCCUCAAGUAUUAUGUUGUUAUGGUAAACAGCUGUGCACAAUACCAAGGGAUGCUAAGUACUUCUUAUAUCAAAGCAGUAGUUCACCGCAGUAUGGUCUUGUUUCUACUGAUAGAUACAUCUACUGUACAAAAUGCUUUAAUGAAAUUCCCGGUGACACCGUGACGUUAGGUGAUGAUCCAACGCAGCCGCAAACUAUAAUCAAAAAAGAAGACUUUGUAGAGAUGAAAAACGAUCAUUUAGAAGCUGAGCCAUUCGUUACAUGUUCCGAUUGCGGAAGAAAAGUACAUCAAAUAUGCGUACUUCAUACCGAGCAAAUCUGGCCACAAGGCUACACCUGUGAUAAUUGUUUAAAAAAGAAAGCUGGAAAGCGCAAAGAUAACAAGUUUACCGCUAAGAGAUUACCAGUGACAAAACUUGGCACUUAUAUAGAGACUCGAGUAAACAACUUCUUGAAAAAGAAAGAGGCUGGUGCAGGCGACGUAGCCAUACGCGUAGUAGCCUCAAGUGAUAAAGUAGUCGAGGUUAAACCUGGCAUGCGUAGUCGAUUUGUUGAAAAUGGUGAUAUGUCUCCAGAGUUUCCAUAUCGAGCGAAAGCUUUGUUUGCAUUCGAAGAAGUCGAUGGGACUGACGUUUGUUUCUUCGGUAUGCACGUACAAGAGUAUGGAAGCGAGUGUACGCCGCCUAAUACACGGCGCGUUUAUAUCGCUUACCUCGAUUCUGUGCACUUUUUCCGGCCACGACAAUUUAGAACUGCCGUGUACCAUGAAAUUCUUCUUGGUUAUCUUGAUUAUGCAAAACAGCUGGGAUAUACGAUGGCACAUAUUUGGGCCUGUCCGCCAAGUGAGGGCGACGAUUAUAUCUUUCACUGCCAUCCUCUCGAUCAAAAAAUACCAAAGCCUAAAAGAUUACAAGAAUGGUAUAAAAAGAUGCUUGACAAAGGCAUUAUCGAAAGAAUAGUGCUGGAUUAUAAGGAUAUACUGAAGCAAGCUCAGGAAGAUAAUUUAUCAUCUGCUGCUGAUUUGCCGUACUUUGAAGGUGACUUUUGGCCUAAUGUACUAGAAGAAAGUAUUAAAGAAUUGAAUCAAGAAGAGGAGGAGAAACGGAAACAAGCUGAAGCUGCCGAAGCUGCAGCUGCAGCAAAUGCGACAUAUCCACAUUCUGAAGAUUCAGAAACCGGACCUGACGGCAAGAAAAAGGGCCAGAAAAAAGCGAAAAAGUCAAAUAAAUCUAAGGCCAACCAGCGAAAAAAUAGUAAAAAGUCCAAUAACCCUCAAAUUGGAAAUGAUCUCUCUGCUAAGAUUUUUGCUACCAUGGAAAAGCAUAAAGAAGUAUUUUUCGUAAUUAGGUUACAUAGUGCUCAAAGUGCAGCAAGUCUAGCACCCAUCCAAGACCCUGAUCCCAUACUCAACUGUGAUUUAAUGGAUGGCCGUGAUGCUUUCCUUACUCUAGCUAAAGAAAAACAUUAUGAAUUCUCGUCUUUGCGAAGAGCAAAGUUCAGUUCAAUGUCUAUGUUAUAUGAGCUUCAUAAUCAAGGGUCUGAGAAAUUUGUAUACACGUGCGAUAAAUGUAAACAAAGUGUUGAGACUCGAUACCAUUGCACAGUAUGCGAUGACUACGAUUUAUGUCAAAGUUGUAAGAAAAUUCAGGGUCAUGCUCACCCGAUGGAGAAGCUUGGUUUGGAUUUGGAUGAUGGUUCAUCGCCGGCCGAUGCUAAACAAGUCAAUCCAGUGGAAGCGCGCAAAUUUUCGAUACAAAGGUGCAUACAAUCGUUAGUUCACGCGUGCCAAUGUAAAGAUGCGAAUUGUCGUUUGGCCAGUUGCGCUCGGAUGAAACGGGUGGUAACGCACAUCAAGACAUGUAAACGUAGAACUAGUGGUGGAUGUCCGAUCUGUCGCCAGUUAAUAGCCCUGUGUUGUCAUCAUGCUAGGCAUUGUAAUGAACCUGUGAACAAAUGUCCGGUGCCUUUCUGUUUCAACAUUAAACAUAAGUUAAGGCAACAACAACAACAUCAGCGUUUGCAGCAGCAACAAUUAUUGAGGCGUCGAAUGGCUGUGAUGUCAAAUACACGACCGACCGAAUCUCCAAUGAGUACUGCUGCUGUAGUGCCAGUUAAUACUGGUUUAGGUGCACCCAUGAAACCAACUAUAAAUCCAAGUGGUAUAGCACCCAGUCAUCAUCAUGCUGGAAUCGGUAUGAAACCAGGCACACAAACGCCACCGGCCAAUGUAUUACAAGUUGUUAAGCAAGUUCAAGAAGAAGCUGCUCGCCAACAAGCGCCUCAUGUAGGCUUUGGGAAAGUCAGUCCAUCCGCGGCGGCGGUUCAACCAACUGGUGUAAUGCCGCCACCGCAAAUGCAGCGGCCAAUGCAAAUGCAAAUGGCUAAUCCUCCGGGGACACAUUUGAUAUCUAUGGACCAAUGGCAAUCAAACAACCAAAUGAACUUCCGGUAUCAGCCCAACGCCUCCGUGAUGCAACAAAAUGCUGCUAUUCUUCGUACUCAGGCUCCCCAACUCUUGCAGCAAGCUCAGCAAGCUCAACAGCAACAACAACAGCAGCAGCAGCAGCAACAACAACAACAACAGCAACUGCAACAACAGCAGCAGCAACAACAACAGCAGCAGCAACAACAACAACAGCAUCCUCAGGCUCAGCAGCCUGGAAUGGGUCCAGUGCCAGGACAAAUGAACCCACGUCAGGCUGCUGGUGUAUUAGGAGGUGCUACCGCAGCGCAAGUUCCCAAUGUAGCUGGUAAGCAAGCUUUGCAGCAGCUGAUGCAGACAUUGAAGAGUCCAAAUACGCCUGAACAGCAGAACCAAAUAUUACACAUACUCAAAAGCAACCCACCGUUGAUGGCUGCUUUUAUCAAACAGCGGCAGAAUGGCAUAGCGCUGUCUCGACGGAUUAAUUUAAAUCCUAAGUUUUUAUCUAAGCAGGCACUAUCAAUGCAACAAACAGGCCAACAUGGCCAAGGUGCUACCGGUGCCAUGAUUCCUAGUCAAGCUCAACAGCAACAACAACAACAGCAGCAACAACAGCAGCAACAGCAGCAACAACAACAACAGCAGCAACAAGGGUUGCAUAUGAUGACACCUCAACAACAGCAGGGCCGUAUGCAAAUACAAGCUCUUUUGAGUCAACAGCAGCAGCAACAACAACAGCAGCAGCAACAGCAGCAGCCGCCACAACAACAACAGGCUGGUCAGCAGCAAGCACCAAAUAUACAACAGCAACAACAGCAACAACAACAACAACAAUGGCUCAUUCAGCAGCAAAUGCUUAUAAGGCAAAAGCAAGCACAAGCGGCUGCAGCAGCUCAGGCCGCGGGAAAUCAACAACAAUUUCAGCAACCCGUAGCACCACCGUAUGGACAACAAAGACCCAUUAGGCCACCACCUAUGCUCGGUGGUUAUAGUAAUUUUGGUGAUCAAGGUUAUGGGCAAUCAGGUCUUAAACCCACUCCUGCACCGGUACCAUCGCCUCAAGGGGUAAUGGGCCCUCCAGGAAUGUCAGCAGUACAGCAACAACUUAUGCAAGUCAGAUCACCACCACCAACACGCUCGCCACAACCAAAUCCUUCGCCGCGACCGGUACCGUCUCCGCGCAAUCAGCCAGUACCAUCGCCUCGAGCUAAUCCUGUACCUUCACCUCAUCAUCAUCCUGGUGCAGGAGCGUCACCAGCCCACGAAUUGGGUGGCCCCAGUGAAAUGAUGUUGUCGCAGCUAUCGCAAGUUACGGGUGCUUCUGGUGGUAUUAUUGGUGCACCGUCGCAGGCACCUGGUGCUGGUCCCGGUCAUCCGGCUAUGGGCCAUCAUCAAUCACCCGUAGGACCUGGUGCUGAACAAGGCGAUCCCACGCCGAUGACGCCCCAAGAUCAACUGUCAAAGUUCGUCGAGGGCUUGUAGUGACUCUUUUUACUAUUAUAUCUCUACGAGAAUUAUUUUUAUUACUUCAGUCGCUACCGUUUAUUAAUUUUCAUGACGAAUGCAAUGAUAGUGGCCCAAAUACACAAAAGAGAUGUAACAAUCUCUUGAAACCUGUAUAGUUUAUACAUAUUAUAAAUAUAAUUAUAUUAGUACCGCGUAUAGCACUGCGUGUGAGCGUGCAUCGACACGGGCGGAUGAUAAUCAUCGACUUUAAGCAUCCCUCCGCUAUAUGUUUAUGUAUAGAGAUAAUUGAUUAAUACAUUUUUUAAAAUCUACCUAUGAACGAUGCCUAUAUAUAAAUAAUAACUCAAUUUCUCUCCUACUGACUACUGAUACUUUUGUAUUGGAAAGUCUACUCGAUGUUUGAAAACCCCCGCGCUCGACAGAUGAUUGAUUCUCUCGAUUAUACAUAUUAUAUAUAAAUAUAUAAAUAGUUAAAUAGAUUAUAUACGAAUAUAGGCGUGUAAACGUUAUUGCGACUGUAAUGCAAUUGCAACGUUUGUAUGAGAGUGAUAUAAAUAUAUAUAAAUAUAUAUGAUGAAAGUUUGUCGUUUUUAUGUAAAUGUAUGUGUGCGCGAUUGAAUAAAAAUGAUAUCGAUCAUGAAUAUGAAGAAUACGGCGAUAAACAAUAGUACGGUCAGGGGGUUUGUAUUGUAGACGACGGAGCUUUUUCCUAUAUGGUUGAGAACUCAGUUCAAUUAAUUAAAACGGGAAUCGAACGUGAGGAUAAAUGAUUUUAUAUCAACAAAAUAGAUAUGUAUAUCGAUACAUAUAUGUAUGCAAUCAUUGGAGUGCGCGCGCAUGCUUAAACUGUCCAGCUAUAUGUACACAUAUAUUAUAAAAAAUGAUCGAUAAGUAAAUGACUUUUAAAUCGAAACCGCGAAAAUUUAAUAGUGUAUACAGUGUAAAUGAAAAUUCAAGAGAGAGAAAGUACGAGUAGGAGUUGGCACUAGCAGUGCUGCUCCUUGUAUUAUUAAUAUUAUCAUUAUCAUUAUAUUAUUAUUACGAUUAUUAGUAUGAUUAAAUUAUUUUUAUUA